AUGGGAGACAUCUGUCGGUCCUUAAGUCCGAUCGUCACUGGAAUAAAACACGACAUCCACGAAAGCAAUGACAACGACGACUGCGACAACAAUAACUAUGAAAGUGAAGACAAACUAGCAAAUGAAGACAGCCACGAGAAUCACUACAGCGAUGACUGCAACACGAACGACGAUAUCAAGGACAGUAAAAAGAACCACGAAAAUGAACGCGAACACGACAACCACGACAGCCACGACAGCGACGGCAGUGGCGACAUCGACGACGACGACUACAAAAAAAACAACAACGGUAACAACGGCGACAACGACAACAGCAGCACCGACAACAACAACACCGACGAUGAUGACGGCAAAACAACGACGACUUCGGCGACAACGACGACGACAACAACACAAUCAUCAACAACCAUAGCAUGA